AUGCUAGAGUUUUUGAAAUGUGCCCGUGUCCUCAAGCUUUGCUCAUAUCUGCUGCUGGUGUCGGCGAUAGUCAGCGGGAAACCGGAGGCACCAGUCAACUCCUAUCUUCCGCCAGCGCACGGCCACGGGCACAGCGAUGGGCACCACGACGAUCAUCACACGGCGGACCUGGUGCCACCGUCGAGCAGCUACGGAACGCCCGAUUCGAGCUACGGACCACCGCACCACCAGUCGGGCUUCCAUGAGCACGAGGAUCAUCACGAACACCACGACACCCACGACGACAGCGGCUCGUUUGAAGAUGAACCGGCCAAGUACGAGUUCAGCUACGAGGUGGACGACGAGGAGGCUGAUCUGUCCUUCGGCCACGAGGAAAUGCGCGACGGGGACUACACGACGGGAAAGUACAACGUGCUGCUGCCCGACGGCCGUCGGCAGAUCGUAGAGUACGAGGCCGACCACAAAGGAUACCGGCCGAAGAUCACCUACGAGGGCGGGGACGAGCAUCCGCACGAGCAUCAUGCGCACGGGCACGAGCACGGGCACGGCGGCUACUCGAAGGAGACGCCCCACACGCAGCUCGGCUACCCGAAGGAAUCGCACCACGACUUCGACCACGGCAAUGGCCUGGGGCACGGAUCGGGCGAGUACGACAGUGGCCACAGCCGGGCCGAUCACGGCAUUCACGAUGGGCACCGGGGUUACGAUAGCAAUGCGCACGAACAGCAUCACGGGCACGGACAUGGCCACUCGGGCCACAACGGACACGAUGGACACAACGGACACAACGGGCAUAACGGACAUAACGGGCACCAUCACAAUGGUCACAAUGGUCACAAUGGCCACCACCGGAGACGCAGCAGCAACAACAACAACCACCACCAACAUCACGCAGUGCCCGCCCCCACCCAUCACAAUGGGAACCACCACAGCCACAAUGACCACCAUCGCUAG